GUUGUCGACAUAGUCUCUACUCUUCCCAUUGGCCAUUUCUACGAACAAAACGAGUACAAGUUUACUUUGACUUGGCCAAACCUCUCAAAAGUCAACUCCUCCACCCUCCAAUAAUAAUCUUUAUUUACUCCUCCAUGUGACCUUGUCUAUCCAUUGACAUCAUAUCACACAAGAGAAAGAUGGGGAAGUUGAUGCACAGCACCCAAAUCCAGCACUCAUCUCACCCGCAUCUCCUACAACUAUCGUCUUCCCUUCACCUUCACAACCACCCUUCCGCCACCUGUGCCGGCUGCAAUCACAACAUCUCUCCACCGGAGCACAUCUACACAUGCACACCCUGCAACUUCUUCAUCCAUCCAUCAUGUUCCAAGUUUCCAGACUUAAUCACCCACCCCGCCCACCCCGCCCACACUCUCUCCCUCCUCACCACCCCUAUCUACCCCGGUGGCUUCUUCCGGUGUGAUGCCUGCACCCAACACGGAACUCGGUUCAGCUACCAUUGUCAUACCUGUGAUUUUGAUUUGCAUGUUCUCUGUGCUUCCACUCCCAUGAGGGUCACACAUCCUAACCACCCCCACCCCCUUGGUCUUACUUUUGCCUCUCCGUAUGGGGAAAAGUUGGGGUUUUCUUGUGAUGUGUGCAGUCGCAUUGGCUCCGGCGACCAGUGGCUCUACCGCUGUGUUUCUUGUGAAUUUGAUGUUCAUUUACAGUGUGCCACCGCGAAGGUUCCUACUCCUCCUGCUGUGCAGCAUCAUCACUCGUUUUCAGCUGGUGGGGCUCCGGUUGCUGGACAGGGUCUCACGCAUAGCAUGAGUGCUCCGCCGCAGGCUCUGCAACAUCAUCAGUCGUUUCCAGCUGGUGGAGCUCCGAUGGCUGGACAUGGUCUCACGCAUAGCAUGAGUGCUGGGCGUAUUCAAACUCAAUGGCAACCACCACAGACUCCGGUAGCCGCUGGUGUCCAAGUACAAGGUUACCAGCGUCCCGUACAGCCACCGGCACAAGUCGGCGGUCAAAAUUACACGAUGGCACCACAACCUGCGGGACCUGCUGUUGCCAAUCAAGGUAAUGGAUUAGGAAAUGUAAUGGUGGCGGGGUUUGUCGAUGGUAUGAUGCAACAACUGGGCCAGGAUUUUGUCCAAACUCUUACAGGAGGAGGAGGAGGAGGAGGUGGCGGCGGAGGUGAUGUAGUCAACAUUGACGUUCAAACCAAUGUCACUUAUGAAGACUGUGGAAACGAAUAAUUCAAUGGAAAAAGUUUUAAUUUGAUUUCAAAAUGUAUGUAAGGUUUGCCUAUUUUGUUUUUUUACAAUCUAUGAGGCUGUUACUUUGACUGGGUAAUUUAAUAAGCAAAGUAAUACAGCAAGUUAUUGCAUUUUACAA